AUGCCUGUUGAUCAAUUCCUCCGGCGAGUCGACAUCCCGCGCCUUGGCGCCGGCGCCGGGCUACUCGUCCUCCUGGCAUUCUAUUCUCCCGUGUCGCUACUGGUGCUCUCCCCCGUGUAUGGCAGCGUGCCAGCGCACAUCUUCCACAGCUACGGCGUAGCCAUCUUCGCCGGAGCAGGCUGGUUCCUGAAAGACCAGGUGCGGCGACGCAUCGGCCGUCUAGCGGGUUACCUACUUCCAGUGCUGGCGUUCUGGAUCCCAACCCUGCAGUACUUUGUCAUGCAACAGAGUUCGCUGUUAGGAAACCCCGCUGGUCCUGCGGUCACCGAGCUUUUCGGGUACUAUCCGCUGGUCUUUCUGACGGUUGCGUUUGCCGGCAAGCAGAUCCAGGCGUCGCUUCGUCUCGAGGCGCAGGGGGACUUGGUUGUUGAACAUGUCCCGCUGCUGGGGUCGUAUUUCAUCUAUACCAUCGGCGAGCACUUCGCCAAAGCUUUUGUGUCUAGGGCCAUUGGGUUCACGUUUCUUUUUACCCGCACCGGCAUGCAGUUGCUCAUUGCUGCGGGCUAUGCCGCAGUGAUCCCGUCGAAGUUGCUGCUUCUGGCACUUCCAUCACUGCUUUUCUCGAUGACUUCAAACGUCCAUAUUGGCCGAAGCUCCGCGGUGAAUUUGGCCCUGAAGACUGAAGGUUACUCCUUGCUUGCACGCCAGGAUUCGUACACGGGAUACAUCUCCGUUUUGGAGAAUCACCAGGACGGUUUCCGGGUCAUGCGCUGUGACCACAGCCUCCUCGGCGGACAGUGGACCAAGACGGUGCCGGGUUACCAGCCCGAAGUGGAAGAUCCUAUUUACGCGGUCUUUGCCAUGCUCGAGGCCGUUCGACUAGUUGAGCCGGAGCACGCUGCAUCGCGCGUGGACGCAGCCAGUAAAGCGCUGGUGAUCGGCCUGGGAAUCGGCACGACGCCUUCUGCCCUAAUGAAGCAUGGCAUCGACACGACCAUCGUCGAGCUCGACCCUGUCGUGUACAAAUUCGCCACGCAAUAUUUCAACCUGCCCUCCAACCACAUCGCUGCCAUCGAGGAUGCUACGAAAUUCGUCAAGCGUGCCCAGGCAAAGGCCCAGAAAUACGACUACAUCGUGCACGAUGUGUUCACUGGCGGCGCCGAGCCUGCGGAGCUAUUCACCUUCGAGUUCCUCGAAGAGCUGAACUCGCUGCUCAGAGAUGAUGGAGUCAUCGCCAUUAAUUACGCCGGUGACCUAGCCCUCUACCCAACUGGUCUAAUAGUCCGCACCAUCCUUUCCGUAUUCCCAGGCUGCCGCAUCUUCCGCGAGGACGCACCCGGCAGCGCUGAUGCAGAGAACCCCAACUUCACGAACAUGGUACUAUUCUGCAAGAAGAGCACCAGAACCCCGCUGCGCUUCCGUGACCCUGUGGAGGCGGACUUCCUGCGCAGCAAGUCGCGCGAGUCGUAUCUCCUGCCCAAACAUGAGCUCAGCCCGGAUAUGUUCGCUGCUGUUCCCAAGGGCGGGAGAGCGGUGCUUGUGCAGAAGGAGGUGGGUAGAUUGCAUAAGUUUCAGGAUCGGGGCGCGUUGGAGCAUUGGGCUAUUAUGAGGAAGGUGUUGCCUCAUGCUGUGUGGGAGAAUUGGUGA